AUGAGGCUCCGCCAGUGCAACAGAGAAAUCAAGUUGAUCGCCGAGCCCGACCUGCUCGGCAGCCCGUUCUGCGGCGGCGUGCUGAUCGGCUGGGGCCUGGUCCUGACGGCGGCGCACUGCCUGAACGGCGACCUGAGCAUCAACGAGGACGGCGCCGUGGCGGCGCUGCUCGGCGGCCGGGCCGCGCCGCUGGCCAACGGCACCACGUCGGGCCCGGUGCGCCGCGUCAGCCACCGGCUGGUGCACCCGAGCGCCGACCUGGCGCUGGCGCUGAUCGACGUGCUCUACGACGGUCUGCCCGGCUGGGUGUGGCCGGCCUGUCUGCCGCUGCCCGGCGCGCCGCUGGCCGCCGGCCGCCGGGCAGAGGUGGCCGGCUGGAGUCCGCCGCCCGCCGAGCUCCACCAGGCCACUCUGCGCGUGACUGAGCCGGUCGAGUGUCGGGAGGCCUACCGGGCGGCGGGCCGCCGGUUCCCCGGCACUGAGGACGACUCGGCAGUGUGUGCGGUGCCGGACGGCGGCGGUUCUGUGCCGGCAGAGUCCCCCUGGUGCAGCGCGCGCGGCGGCUGGCCGCUAAUUGUCCCCAAUUCGGACGGACUGCUCGAGGUGGUCGGUAUCUCGACGUCGGGCGCCGGCUGUGACCAGUCGGGUGUGCCGAGCGUGUUCACACGAGUCUCCGCUUACAUAGACUGGAUCGCCGCCAGUGCUACCGUGGCCAGGAGGCGGUCCGAGCCGGGGGGCGCCGGGGCGGAGUUCCGCCCUAUCGGCCAGCAGGGGGCGGAGCGCCGCCCCUCCACCCAGCAGCGGGUCGAGCCCAGCCCCUCCACACCGCAGGGACAGCAGCAGCCGGCCGGAGUCGCUGAUCGGCCCGCAUUCGGCGAUCAUAGUGCCGUGGUGCCCUGA